AUGCUCACGCCUCGCUUCGGCCGGCGUUCGCAGCCAGGAUCACUCAGAAAUGUUGUGAACUUCUCCGAUUCCACGGAAAAGCGCACAAUAAAAUAUAAAGCUAUAAAGCUUCCUGGACAUCCUCUGAAUAUUCAUGACGCGUCCACGUUUCAAUCUUAUAAAACUGGAGUUAUUACCUUGUCGACACAAGACUGUGACCCACAUAACCGAGAUCUAGCUGUGGCACUUGUUGGCUAUGGUUAUGAUCCUAUAUUGCAAUUGAAUUAUUGGAAAGUGAAAAUUAGCUGGGGUACGAAUUGGGAAGAAGGUGGCUGUGGUCGUAUUGCAAGAGAAACAAAAGUAUGCGGCAUUGCUUCGGCUGCCUGUGAAGGAAUAAUUUGA